CGGAGUUUAGUUUUACAGGCUUUUCUACCACUUUCCAAAAAAUAAGUACUGUUUGCAAUGGGAAGCUUCAACUAUGAUAAAUGGAACUCGCUCUAUAUAUCCGAUGAUGAAGAUAACACCAGCAGUUUUGAUCAAGGCAAUGGAAGUCGACGGAUAUUGAAUUCUACAGAGUCGACACUUUCAUCUCUAAGAGAUUCUCUGCGUUUAUCUGACACGACUGGUCGCUAUACACUUUAUACUCUACCCUGGGAUUCCACUAGUGAAAUGAUUCGAUGGGUACUAGAUCUAUAUGGGGUAGAUUAUGAAGAAAUAGAUCUGCCAUGGGGACUACACAUCUGGGAAACAAUGCGGAUAUCUGCGUCAAGUCCUGCUUUAGAAAAACUGGCAUUACCAAUUUUAUUGAAUGACAAAACAGAGGCCAUGUAUUCUCCUACAUCUAUGAUGGUAUAUCUCUACUCAAAAUCAUUUGGUUCUAAACUACGGAUUUAUUCUCAAGUUAAAACGCUGGAAAUUCAAGAGCAAUUUGACUCGAAUUUUUCGGCUGCUACACGAACUAUCUUUCUGUUUGAAGUAUUGUCAAAUACUAAACUGGCAGAAGCAUAUAUACGCGAUCAGAUCCACUUGAAUACUUGGCGUACAGUCAAUCAAUUGAUAUGGCCAAUUAUGAGGCAUGUGAUGUGGAUUUAUUUCAAGCUUGGUAACCAGGACACAUUAGAUCGUGCAUGGAGAUGUGUUCAUAAAGUUUUUGAGCAAGUCGAAUCUAUGCUGCAGGUUCAAGCCAAAUCUGAAUCAGAUCAAACCCUUUCCAAGGCUACAAUGCUUCAAAAUGUAUUUCUCACAGGCUCUAAAAUCACUGCUGCAGACAUUUCAUUUGCAUCUCAUGCUGCAUUGGUGCUUUUUCCUAGAGACGAUGACGACUAUGGUGGAAAAAUAGGAAUGUCUAUGCCUCCACUAAAACAGUUAUCGCCACAUACACAAGUCAAAGUUAAAACGCUUCGCUCUUUGCCUGCUGGCAGAUUUGCCCUGAGAUUGUACAGAAAAGAGCGUGGCAGGUGCAUUGGACAUAAACCAAGCAAGCACGCAAAGAUUAAUAAUCCCAAAUGGGCUUCCCUAAAGUAUUUGCAACUUCAAGCUGCAAUCAUUUUCAGUGGGAUUACUGUUUUGAUUGGAGUCCCAUUGACUAUGCUUUUCUUUUAUCAGUUUGUUUUGGUACUGGCCAUAUAUCUUGCGGUGAUAUAUUUUGCUUUAUACGUACCAAACAAGGAUUCAAUUGUCCUGAAACGAAUCCAUCAAUGUUGGCAAUUGCUUUAUGAAAAAUACUCUUCAUUUUUUGGAAUUUCGAAUUCAACAGCAAACAACGUAGUCAAAAGCAAUAAAUGAAUUAGCUUGGC